GGUUCGCUCCACACAUUGACUGUUUUUUCCCCUCUAUCGUUUUGUUGGCCAAGCAAGUGCUCCAAUUACUCGUCUCAAAGUGUUAUGAUCUGACUAGAACCAUCAAGUGAGUGAAAACACCAGCAGUGUCAUCUCCGAGCAAACGCUGAGAGUUAUGGGCAUUCACCCAUCAACAUUGUUCGCCUAAAGCACCCCGUUUGAUUACCCGUAAUCACGCAAGUCACCCUACCGACACCAUGGAGCAUAGGAAAAAGGCGUUCAUGAGUAACCAGUUCUUCCACGCGAACGGUGGAGUCCCAAGAGCCCCCCAUCAUUACCCUCCCCAUCAAGCAUGGUCCAAGUCAAGAUCCAUGGGAGAUUUGAACCGUCAGCCAAUGUCUUUGAUCAGUAUUCAACCCCGAAACACAGAGCUUUACAGGGUCUCUCGAAGACGGAUCAUUGGCACAGCCAUGCAAGAAGAGGACGAUUUUGAAUGGGAGGAAAUGCUUCGGCAAAGAAGAGAAAAUUGGAGACGUCUUCAAGAUCGGAAGUUGGCCAAGAAACAAUCCAGGGAAUCAUAUUCGUCCUAUACGGACUCUCCGAGUGAUGAAGGCGUUUAUCUCCAGGGCGAUAGUUCGGGUAGCGAUCAUUCCAUUCGACUUCAACGUCGACAGAGCCAAAGAUCCGAACAUGCCCAAAUGGCUCAUCAAAGGUUGAGCCGAUAUCGUAGCGCCGAUCCCGUCACUCGGGGCUGGGUUCAGGUCCUCCCUCACGAUGGAUCGGCUCAGAAGGUUCGAAAUCGGCUUCGUGGCAGUUUUGAGCGAGAUCAUAGGCCGUCGGAAUCAUCGGAUCGCAGACCAGAACUGGAAUCGUUUGACGAAGGUGACACGUUCAUGGAGAGGUAUAAACUCCGGAUUCCCGUCAAUCGCAUUAAUCUCUGCUCAUGUGAGGGCGAGAAAAAUCUUCAUUUGAAGCAACAACACACCUUAUGCAAAUCUAAAUCCCGGGAUUCGUCCAUUCGAAAGAAGAGCCUAAGCCAAAGCAAUUUGGUCAAUAUCGAAGAGCUGGAAGAGGAAGAUGCUCAAGAAAGGGUGCGUGAAAAGAGAUCCAACGUCCGCACUAGAUCUGCUUACUGUCAAACCGAGGAUCCGUAUCCUUGCAGUACAAAGACCGAGCGGGACAAUCGCCGUUUGAGUCAGAAGCGACUCCUAAAAGUGGCCAGUUAUCACCACCUUCCCCGGGUCUCGCCCGUACGACAAUCUUCAUCGGCAUCCUCCUCGACCACCCUAAAGCAUCAUAUUCAAAUCCGGAGAUCGGCCUCGGCUGAACACGCCAGCACCACCACAGAAUCAAACAAUGACGAAUCCAGCACUAACUCGAUCGGUCCCCAUAAAACAGCUGUCAUCACCCGGAGAUACAUCAAGAACAAACAAGGCCGCCAUCGAACCACCACCGUCAACAUCCAUGACCUUUUUCCUGAUCAUCCGGACAAUGAAGCGGAACCCACUCCUCCAGAAACAGUCCUGACCGAGAAGCUCUCUCCGGGGAAAUCAGCUAGCUCAAUAGGAUCUUUUGGUGACGAUUCGGGAAGUGACCCGGGCAUCUGUCUGUUACAAGAGGAGGAAGGUAAUUCCACGCCCAAAUCCGACUCCGGGCAGGUGUCCGAAGUGGAUUCCUUGGACUUGGAAAUGCAACUCUUUGACCUUGGCUCAAAAGAAAGGUCUGAAACGGAGGAAAGUCAAGACAAUGAGACCGACCUGAGCUUGGCCUACGUGACCGAAGCCGCCACUAUCCACAGUUACAUUGCAAGUCGAGGUCAACGCGAGAGAGAGGAGGAAAUCUACGAGGUCAUCCCAUCUAUGAUUCCGAUUCAAAAAGCCGGAAUUGAACCCCAGAGGGAUACAAAGUGGAUUUGAACAGCAUCAGCAUUGCUAAUGCGGUGAGGUUCACCAAAGAAAAUCACCUAGAGAAUUUGAAGCAAAGGAUUCAAAUGGAGGCAUCCCUUCCCCCAUACGGCGAAAUCGUGAAACAUGACCUCGUUGGACUCAGAUAUU